AACAAGUGUCCAUGUCUGUGCUGAGACCUGAAUCCAGUUUUAAACAUUACAAACGGCUUACAGUAAGCCUUGCAGUGCUUGCUGUCAUUCUACUAGCAGUGGACAUUGGCCUGGGAGUCUAUUAUGGUAAAUUUACCGAUGGACAGGAUACCAUAAUGGACAUCAGUGCUGAGGUGGCCAAACUGCAGGCUGCUUACGACACUGCGAUCUGGCACAGGGACGAAGCCAAGAAACAGUUGGCCAGUGAGAUAAGGGAGCAGCAAAUUACCAAGUGGGAGCUUGAUCACCAGAAAAGCAGAAGCAUGGACUACCUUAAGCUGAGUGACAACAUUCUAAUGGAAAUAGCAGCUUUGAAAUCCCACAUCCCAAUGAUUAAAGAGGGCUGCAGACACUGUCUACCAGGAUGGACCUUCAUGUACUCAGUGUGUUACUACUUCGCUUUCUCUGAUGCUUUUUCACCAAGGUCAUGGCAGGAAGCCAGACAGUUCUGUAUAAACCAAGGAGGUGACUUGGCAGUGAUCGACAGCAGAGAGAAACACCUGGCAAUAACUGAAUUGAUAACAAAUUAUCGAGUCCCCUCUCGACCCAUAGCCCACAGUGGCUUCUGGAUCGGAUUGAGAGACAUCGAGGAGGAAGGGAUAUGGAAAUGGCUUGAUGGAACAAGACUGACCACAGGUUACUGGAAUGAUGGAGAGCCCAACGACAGUGGUGGUGAGGACUGUGCAGCAACAUAUCCCAGAGGCAACCCCUUUAAAGCCUGGAAUGAUGCUCCAUGCAAUCAUAUACUGAAAUGGAUUUGCCAAAUGACACCAAGGUCGGAGGGUUAAUCUGAUUUUAAUUUAAUUGCAUUUCCUUAUUUAAUUAAUAGUUUCAGUCAGGAAUCUACACCAUUCAAGGGACUUAAAUAUUUCUUCAAAAUAUUUGAAAGCAUUGUUAAAUAUAAUUUGUAAUGUUCUUUCUAUGUUUUUUUAAACUAAAACUGUGAUUAUUUAAUUUCUUCAAUCCUAUCCAUCUACCUAUAUUGUCUGUAACCUCUUAAAAGGUAGGAACCCAUUUUUUCUAACUUUUAUUUUAGGUUUUAACUAGGGCUGUCAAAUGAUUAAAAUUUGUAAUCAGAUUAAUCACAGCUUAAAAAUUAAUUAAUCAUGAUUAAUCACCAUUCGAACUAUUUUCCAAAAUAUGCCAUUUAUUUAUGUAUAUUGUUGUGGGAAUGGAAAGAAGGCGGAUAU